AUGUAUAAAGAUUUAAUAAUUUAAAAAUCUUUUCUUGCACUAGCUAUUUUGCUUUCUUUAGCUUUUAGUCAAUAAUUCAAUGAAGAGUUACUACUUAGUAAAGAAAACCCUAUUUAAACAACAUUAAUUGACAGCAUAGAUAAAGAAAUUUAAUUUGAAUUUUGGAGUUUCUAUAUAACAACAUUUACACCAAUAUCGUACCCUUAAGUUGAAGAAAAAUUAUAAUUUGAUAAACCAAAAACAUAAUUACUGUUUUUAAUGAAGAAUGAAGGUCAGGUAUUAGCCUUUAUGUAUACAAAUGUUAUCUCAUCAGGAAGUUAUAUAACUCAUAAUCUUAUCGUCAAUGAUGAAACAUAUCAGAUAAAUUAUGAUCCUAAAUAUUAUGAGGGAGUUUGGAUAAUGAGCCUUAUCACUCUAAAGAAUUAUAAGUAUUUAUUAUUUGAAACAAUGGAUAAUAUAAAUUAUAAUUUGAAUUUGAUUUAUACCUAAUAUUCUAACAAAUUAAUUGAAUUUAUUGUUGGAGGGACAGGGAUUGUAAUUUAUAUUUAAAUAUUUUAGAUAAAUGGAAAAUAUUAGUUAGGUGUAUUUCGUGGAAGAUUAUCCUACAUCUGGUAUCAGCAUUAUUAACGAUGGCCAUAAGAAGUUUAUGGAACUAUAUAUUGGUUAAGAAUAAAGGAACAUUAACAAACAUUUAAUCUCAUACCAGAAGUACUUAAUUUUGAUGGACUUAUUUAAAAAGUAUAUGAGUUUGAAUAGUUUGGGACUAAAUUUAGCAUAUAUGGUUGGGUAAAAUAUAAUUCUUAAGAUGCCUAUUCAUUAAAGUAAUAUUUGGUGGUUAGACUGACAAUAUUUAAAAAUUAUUAAAAUGAAAUUAAUAUUGGGGAUGAAAUUGUUAAAAUAAUUAUGAAUAUAGAUUUAUCAGACCAAAAUAAUUGUGGAUAUGAUGUUAUAUCCCAUCAUUACAGAAUGCCUUACCCAAUUUAUAUAGAGAAUCCACUAAAUGAUAAAUUAUCUAUUAGAAAAGAUUUACCUUAUUAAGAACUAUUAACAAAAUGGCAUUUUAUUUCAUUUGAAUAUGGAUUAGAAAGAAAAGAUUCAAAAUCAUAAUUUAAAGUGAAUUUUUUUGAGAAUAAAGUUUUAAAAAGACAUACUUAUCCAUUAGGAGACUCCCAAUAUCAUAGUUUAUUUAUUAAUACUAAAUACUAUGCUAUAUUUGGAGGUGAUUAUUUUCUUUUUGAUAAACUAAAAGGAUAACUAGCAGGCUUUUAAUUUAUCUCAAAUUAUCAAGAAGAUUAAAACAUAGAUUAUUGUAUUUAAUCAAUUAUACAUAGCUUGUCAUUAAAGCUGUAAAACUUGUUUUGGUCCAUUAGAGAAUAAUUGCUUAUCUUGUUAUGAAAAUCCACAAAAUAUAUAUAUAUAUCUGGAAGAAUAACAUUAAUGUUCAUGUCCAAUAUAUCAUAUAUAUAAAGAUAAUAAAUGUUUAUCUUUUUAAGAUUUAUAUUAAACAAUGCUAUAUAAUGAAAUAGAGUAGAAUUUUGAAAAUUAAGAAUGUUCCUUUGGAUAUUUUAAUUUACCAGAUCCUGGACUAUGCAUAAAAUGGUAAUAUAUUAAAUCAAUUUAGUCCUCAAUCAAAUUCUUAUAAUCUAUUAUGUAUAGAUUGUUUAUUCAAUUCUAACUCUUGGUACAAAAAACCAGUUUGUAAAAAGGAUUUAAUUAGUUAAUAGAUCUCUUAAAAAGAUGAUGCUUAUACUUCAUAAAUAAGAUCUACUUAAGAUUAUGAUUUUUAUUAUAUUGAUCAAGAUAUUUUAAUUUUAGUCUUAUUGGAAGGAGUUUAAGAAUAUUGUGACAUAAAAGAUAUAUAUCUUCAAAAUUGUUUUUAAUUAGAAGUUUAACAUUUAAAAGAAUAAGCAUUUGGAUUUUGUAAGCAAAAUUAUUAUUAUUCUGAUUUAAAGUGUAUUGAAUUACACAAAGCAUGUAUAAAAGUAGAUUAAAUAUAUUAAUAUUGCACAGAAUGUUAAAGUGGAUAUUAUUUAUCUAAAGAUGAGAAAUCUUGUAUUUAAUGUUCAAAAUUUUGUUAGAAAUGUCUUAACUAAGAUCAUUGCUUAUAAUGCGAUCCAGGAUUUGGCUUAAUUUAUGAUUAAUGCUAAAAAUGUGGUAAUUUUUGUAAAAUUUGCAAAUUUUCAGAAAAAUAUAAAAUCUUGAGAUGUUUGAGUUGUUUAGAUGAUUAUACAUAUUAUUUAACCUUAAAUGCUGAAGAUUGUAGAAUUAAUGAUAUUGAAAAUUGCUUAAUUGCAUUUGAAAAAUCUUCAAAAGCAAUUUCAUUAGACUAUGAAUUUGAACCUUAUUAUUCAUAUUAGACAACAAUAAUCGAAUGCGCUAAGUGUAGAGAUGGUUAUUAUUUUAACCAAUUAAAAUCUGCCUGUUUUAAAGGUGAAUUACAAAACUGUCAUUAAUUUUAUGUAGAAAAAGUUGUAGAUCUCUUAGAAAAUGUAUGUUUAUAUGGUCCUUAUGUUUCAAACUCAUUAUUAUACUCAUUCUCUGAUGAAUGUCCCAAAUUCAAAUAAAAUUGUCGAUAAUGCGUUAUGGAAUAAUUAACAACAAAAAUUGUUGAUAAUUAAAAAGUUCCAUUAAAAGUUUCUUAUUCUUGUCUUCUUUGUUAAAAUGGUUAUUAUGCUUAAAAACUAACAGGAUAAUGUAUAUAAUGUCCUUCAAACUUAAACUGCUUGAGUUGUUUUGAAUAAAAUAAAUAUUCUUAGGAUGAUUGGAAAAAUGAAAUUCGUGCUUUUUAUAGAUCCUCAAUAGAUAAAGAAUAUUCGUAACAUAAAUUUAUUGAAUAUGGGAUAAGUUAAAAUUAAUUAGAUUAUGAAAUACUUUGUACUAUAUGCUAAGAAGGAUAUGAAUUACAUGAAUAGUAAUGUAUUGAAGUGUGUCCUCCAUCUUGUUUAGAAUGUAAACUAUAAAAUAAUAAAAACAUCUGUGUUAAAUGUCCAUUAGGAGUAAAAGUUAGAAGUAAAAGUUUAAUUGAUAAUUAAUGUAUUACUUGUCCACAACAUUGUGAAUCAUGUUAUAAAAGAGAUGAAGUAGAUGUACUUUCUAUAAAUCCAAUAUUCAACAAUUAAAAAUUUUCUAACUUUUCAUAUUACUGUUUAUCCUCAGAAAAAGGCACUUUUGAUUCGGAAUUGGGUAUUUAUAUAGAUUGUGAAUCUGGACCAUGCUUAAAAUCAAUUGUUAUAAAUUUAGAGUUAAUUUGUGAUAGUUAUUAAUACUAUGAAAAAUUAAACUCAUUUGAAAACGAAGAGAAACGAAAAGAAUUUUAAUAAAGCACUAUUUUAAAUGAUAAUUUGUUCUCUAUUUCAAGCUUUCCUGAAGUAAAUAUUAUAAUUAUUAAUUUAGUUUGAAACCGAUUAGUUUUAUCAAUUAGCCAAUCAGAAAGCCAUUAAAUAAAUCAUUAUAAUAAUUGUUAGUCAUUAAGAAUAACUAUGCAAUGUUAUUGAUUAAUAACAGAUUACUUAAAAAUUUAGUUAAAAUAUUUUCUCAGCCAUGUAUGUCUAUCUUUUUAUAUAAAAUUAGAGAUGUACAACUUGAACUUUACGGAAAUGGAAUUACUUCUAUUAAAUAUAAAAAAUAAUUUACUAUUCUUAAUUUCAAAAGAGUUCAUAUAUAAGGAUUUAACAUUGAAAUUGAAUUUUUUGAAUUUGGUUUAAGUUUACUUUGGUUUAAAAGCGUUUUCGAUUAAACUAUUGAAUUAAUGGACAUUAUUUAUCAUUAGCGUUAAUCCGAAAUUACUUUUUAUAUUCUUAUGUAAAAUGCCCAAAAAGUCUUUAUUUCAAACUUUGUUGCAGAAGGAGUUGAAAGAAGAUAUUUUCUAGAAUAUUUUAUUAAGAUUGAAUAAAUAUCUAAAAAGUAAACAGUUAGAAUUGAAAAUUUCAAUAUUAUUUGGGGUGAUUUUUAAAAUACAUAUUUGUUUUGGUUUGAUCUUAAAAUUAAUGAUUUAGUAUAUAUGGAUAAUAUAAAUAUUGAAACUACAAUUUUCAAUCAACCAUUUAUAAAUCAAACUCUUGGAGAAUUAUAUAUAAAUUAAAUGAGAAUCACUGAUUCUUUGCUAUACUAUACAAGAGCUUUCUUUUCGAUUUAUAAACUAAAAUACUUUGAAUUAAAAAAUUUGGAAUUUUUUUAUUGUGAUUUAGUAAAUUCAAUAUUAAUUGAGUUAAAUAGAUAUACACAUUUGUUUAAUUUAAAUUUUCAAGAGAAUCGGCUUUAUCAAAGUUCUUAUUUCUUAAUUAAUUAGAAAACAGAUAUUUCCUAUAUUUUGCUUGAUAACAUUGAAUUUGGAUUAAACACUUAUACCGAAUAAGAUAGAUUUAUCAAAAUUACUUAACUUAUAAAACCUAAUCAAGAAAUAGAAUUUAUUAAUGUUAAAAUAAGUGGAAAUAAUUUAUCAUAAAAAUCUUAAGAAUCUUUCUUUGAUAUAUUAGAAGCAACUUUAGUCUUUUUAUCAGCAAGUUUAAUAAAAAUUGAAGAUUUAACUAUUUAAAAAAAUAAUGGGAUCUCAGAGAUGGUUAUUACAGAUUCUAAUUAGGUUACAUUGAAUAAAAUUUUUAUUUUGUAACGUGGCUUUAAAGGAAUUUAUGAAUAAUAUGAUUGCUUUAAAUAGGCUACAAUUAAUUAAUACUAUUAUCUUUUAAUUAGCAUUUAUGAUGUGCCUAAAAUUAAAAUAACUUAAUUAGUGAUUGAAAAGACUCAAUCAAUAAAUUAUCCACUCAUUUAAAUAAAGACUUCUAUUUUAAAAACUUAAACAAAAUAUCAAAUCGAAUUAUCAGAACUAGAAUUUACUUCAAAUGUGAUCUUGAUAACAAAUAAAAUUAAAUUAGCAUCAAUAAUAUUGAUUUAAUCUGAAGGAGAUUAUUUAAUUGACAUUAUAAAUUCAAAAUUUGAAAAGAAUAUUAUGCAUCAAUAUAUUUAAUUAGAUUAAAUCAACACAGGAUUACUAUUUAAUAUUGAUUGCUAAUAUUGUACAAUACUUUUAAGUAAUUUAAGUAUCCAAAAAAAUAUAGUUACUAAUAGUCCAAAUAGUAUUCUGUAUAUCUAAGCAUAAAAUUUAACAAUUUAAAAUUCUAAUUUCACAAAAAACAACUUAUUUGAUUAUUCAAUUUUACAACCUUAUUUAUAUUGGGGUUAUGAAGAUAAUAAGGAAAUUUUCGUCGAAUAAAUAUUAGAAAUUUUUCCUAUUAUAGUUUUAACAGGAAAUGGAAAGAUAAUUUGUCAAGAAAUAAUUAUAAAAAAUGUUACGAUUUCUAAUUCUGCAGGUUCAGGAUUAUAGAUUUAUUUAGAAAAAGAGGCCUAAGUAAAUAUCUAAGACACAAUAAUAAGUAAUAUUAGCACUUAAUUUAUUAAUGAUGAUGAAAAUGGUGGAGCUUUUUUAUUUGAUACUUCUGUAGCAACUUCAGUUUAGAUUUAAAUAAAAAAUGUAAUUGCCAAAAAUGUGUUUUGUAGAAAUAGAGGAGGAUUAAUUUAUAUUCAAAAUGGCUUAUAGAACACUAUUAUUAAAUUUUAAGAUUUAGUUUUAAAUGAUAUAUUCUCAUUAUAAGGAUCAAUUAUUUAUAUUGAAUUUUCAGUAUACAAAAAAUUAUAAUAAUAAAUUAUGUUUGAUCAUUUGGAGAUUAAAAACACAAUCUAAGGAUACUUAAAUUAUCUAGAUAAACUUAGUCUCACAGACAGUUAAUUAGUAUCAUAAUAGUAAUUUUAAAGAAGUUUAAUUCAAAUAGCAUAUGCAAAUUAUAUAAGUUUAAGUAACAUUUUUAUUAUAUUAUUAAAUUAUGAAGCUUUUAUUAACAUAUCAUAGAUUAAAAAUAUAGAAAUUUUUAACACUAGUAUUUCGAACUCAACCUUUAUAAAUUCAAUGAUUACUUUAAAUUUAAAUAAAAAAGAUUCUUAAAUAAGGGUUAUUAAUUUUUAAGUCAAAAAUGUGGAGGUUUCAAAUUAAAUAAAUGUUAUACAUAAAUGUAUUUUGAGGUAAUUUGAAUUUGAGAAAUAACAAUCAAUUUGCUCAAUUGAUAAACUCUUAAAGGAAUCUCCUAUUCUUUUAAAAUAUAAGAAAAUUGAAACUAAUUUAUCAAAUGCCUAUUGCGUUAUUGAAUAAAUAAAUAAACUAUAAAAUUAUGAAAUAUCAAGUCUUCUUAAUAUAAAUCCUUCUUAAACAUAGGUUCAGAUUUCAUAAUUUCAAUUAACUCAUAUAAAUUGUAAAAUUUGUUAAAAAGGAUUGUUAAAUAUAAACAUUUAUGAUGAUAAAAGUGUAAUAGUAAUAAAUUAAAUUGCUUUAAAUGAUAAUGAUUGUGGAUAUUAAAGUUGCAUAAAUCUAUAUAAAUCAGUUUUAAUUUCUCGACUUUUAUAAUCCUUCUAUUAAAAUAUCAAUUCAAAAUAAUUUGAAUUAAAAAUACAUAAAUAUCAAUGCGUGAGAAAUUUUGCAUAGAAAGGUAUUGAUAAUUCAUUUAAUUACAAAAUCUUAAAUUAUAGCGAUUAGAAAUUAUAAUACAUGCCUGUUCAUUUAAGAUGUUUCAACUUUAAUUGAAAACUCUAUAUUUUAUAAUAAUACAGCUGUAGAAUAAGGUGGGUCUAUGUAUGUAAAUGGUUAAGCAAAUUUUUUUAUAUUGAACUCUAUAAUUUAAUUUAAUAAAGCUAAAUUUGGUGGUGGUGUGUUUCUAAAAGAUUAGAUUAAUUAAAAUCUAGUUAGUCAAUAAACAAUAAUUAAUGAAAAUGUUGCAACUCAAUAUGGUCAAAAUUUUGCUUAAAAACCUACAUAGUUAUCAGUUUCAAUUGAUUUAUAACAUAUUUUCCCUAAAGUUAAAAUUAUAGAGUAAGAUGAUAUUCUUGUAGAAUAAAUCUAAGUCGAAAAAUAUUCUUUAUUUUUUAAGAAUUAUUCAAGCGCCCUCUAUGUUCCAAAUGGUUAAAGUUUGUCUAAAUAUUAACACUUUGAUUUGAAGAAUAAAGAGUAUAUAGCAUAUAGUUUGCAUCUCAGACUAAUACCUUUAGAUUCUUUCAAUAAUGUUUAAGAGAAUUUAGAAAAUACAAUUUGCACAAUAAGCGGAAGGUUACUUUAGGGAAAUGAAGAAUCAGAUUUCUCAAAAAAUUAUACAAGUUUUAAUUAAGUUAAAUUCAAUAAAUCGGAUUAUAAUUUUGAUGAUAUUAUCUUUUAUUUAGAUAAUUAAUUAAAUAGGACUUUAGAAGUAUAAUUUUAUUGUAAUUCCAUUUUCACUCCUAUUUAUGGAAAAUAAGGAGAAAUUAUUGGAUAUCACAAUAAUUAUUAUUUAAGAAUGAAUAUAAAUUCAUUGCCUUGUUAAGUAGGAGAAAUAAAAAGUUUUAAUGAUAAUACUUGUGUUCCUUGUAAUGCUACAUAAGGUCUAUAUACCUUAGUUUUGAAUUCAAAUAGUUGCUCUAAAAAAGAUGAUUUUACCACAAGUGAAAUUAAAUCAGCUUAAUUAAAGUUAAAGCCAGGGUUUUGGAGACCCUACUUUGAUACAGUUUAAAUAAGCUAAUGUAUCAAUUUACUGGUUAAUUGUAAUGGUGGGUGGAAUGAAGGGGAUACAUCAUGUUUUUAAGGUCAUAUUGGAGCAUUAUGUGAAGAAUGUGAUUUACACAACACUAGAGGUCUUGGACAUUUUUCAACAAGCGAUAAAUACUCUUGUGGUUCCUGUAUUGAUAAAAGUAAAAACGCUGUUGUAAUUGCAGGUAUUAGUUUAUGGUAUAUAUUUUAAUUAUCUUUAGGACUUUAAUAUCAAUAUUAAUUACAGUUAGGAGUAAUAAAUCGUUAAAUGAACAAAUGA